AUGGCAGCAGCUGAAGGCUUGUACACGACGUUCAUUAUUAAUUGCGCCUUCAAUGCUUUUUCGUCUUAUACUGCCAUAGCAUUUAACAUCAUAGCAAUUCAGGCGAUGAGAAAAACGCCCUUGCCAACUCCUCUAAAAACAUUGCUUAUGAAUCUAGCUUUUUCUGAUCUUGGCGUUGGCUUGCUGGCCCAACCUAUGUACGUUGCAAGUCUUUUCCUCAAGGCGAUGAAACUGAACACUGAUAACUAUUUAUUCAACAUCGUCUCUGUAGUCGUAGUGAAUAUUCUUUCCUUCGCUUCGUUCUUUUUUGUGACUGCCGUAAGUGCAGACAGAUUCUUGGCUAUUCAUCUCCAUCUUAGAUACCAGGAACUUGUAACUCUCAAACGAGUUGUUUCAGCAGUUAUAUCAAUUUGGGUUUUUAGUGCAAUUUUUUCGCUUCUAUUUUCCUUUAUCCCUAAAAUGGCAUUUUUAGCAAAAGUUUCACUAACAGCGUGUUUUAUUUCGACGACGUUUUUCUAUGUUAAGAUUUAUGUGGCUGUUCGACGACACACAAGUCAAAUUCAAGCCUUGCAAGUUUACGAAUUAUCACAGAAUGGCGAAACGGCGUCCGCUUUGAGGCUGAGAAAAUCUGCUGUUAGUACAUUCUACGUGUAUGUCGUGUUCGUGGCUUGUUGUUUGCCGAAAACGUGUAUCUUGUUGGCUGGUUCCAGAGCUUUACAAAGUACAUGGAUGAAACAUUUGAAUAUUUACACCUUUACACUGCUUCUUGUGAAUUCAUCUCUAAAUCCUGUGAUUUAUUGCUGGAAGAUGAGGCACAUUCGACACACUGUCUUUGCAUUACUGAGAAAUAUAUAUUCCAAGGUUUGCAAUAACAGCAACAACAAUAUUAAUGUGGUUGGAGCACUAGAGCAAUUCCCAGAGACCCUUAUUAGCCUGUGA